UUAGUUGUGCUGUUGUACACUUGUACUCGCGCCGCGCAGUUGCGCUUAAACUGUCUGAAUUCGUGGCCAGUGCGACGAAUCCUCUCCUCACCGUCGGUCUCUCGUUUUGUCAACCAUCUACUACACCCCAAAACAUGGCAGAAGGGUUGCCCAACUCCAUUUACGAUUUCACAGUCAAGGAUAUUCGUGGGAAUGAUGUGAGCUUGAGCACCUACAGGGGAAAAGUUCUUCUUAUAGUCAAUGUUGCUUCAAAGUGUGGCCUUACAGAUUCAAACUACAAGGAACUGAACAUUUUAUAUGAGAAAUACAAAAACCAAGGACUUGAGAUCCUAGCAUUUCCUUGCAACCAGUUUGCUGGUCAAGAGCCAGGAAAUAAUGAUGAAAUUCAGGAGUUUGCAUGCACAAUAUACAAAGCUGAAUUUCCCAUCUUUGAUAAGGUAGAGGUGAAUGGGAACAACGUGUCACCCAUUUAUACAUUCUUAAAAUCACAGAAAGGUGGGAUACUUGGGAACAGAAUCAAGUGGAACUUCACAAAGUUUUUAGUAGACAAAGAUGGAAAUGUUGUUGAAAGAUACGCUCCAAUCACCUCCCCUCUUAAAAUUGAGAAGGACAUCCAAAAUCUGUUGGGAGUUUCCUAAGUUUGGCAAAGGUGGAAUCCAUUUUGACCAAAUGCUUGUAUGAACAUGUAAGAGUAGAUGAAAUGGUGGGCAUCUCUGGAUAGUGCUGUUCAGGAUAUUUUUCUUGUAAUAAUUUACAUCUUGCUAUGAUUCAUCAAUAAAUCAUGGGGAAGGGGUUGUAUUGCUGUAUUAUCGGCUACAUUAUUUCAAAUUUCUCUAUUUCUUAGUUUUCUACAUUUCUUGCAGCAAUUGAGAAUGAGAUUUUCUUUUGAUAGUA